UUUCCAGCAAAUCGGACUGAACAGAGCUUCAGCUCGGUGUGUAGACGGCGGGGCUUUUACGAGGCGAAUUUAUCUGCAGCCGACUGUUGUCUGGGUGGACAAGAACGUUACGCAGUCUGUACAACCUGUUCAGAAUUUCAAGUCCGCACGCACCCCUCAUCAACCCUGUAGCCCCACCAGUGAGAUGGCCGAGACCCCUGGGAAGUUCGACUUUGCCAUUGACCGUGGAGGCACCUUCACAGACGUCUUUGCCCGCUUGCCAGAUGGACGGGAGAGGGUCCUCAAGUUGCUCUCUCACGACCCCCAGAACUACAAAGACGCACCGACAGAGGGAAUCCGCAGAGUCCUGGAGCAGGAAACAGGGCGGGCUUUCCCCAGAGAGCAGCCGGUAGACACCGCUCUGAUUGGCUGGAUCAGGAUGGGAACCACGGUGGCGACCAAUGCGCUGCUGGAGAGGCAGGGCGAGAGGACGGCUCUGCUGGUGACACGGGGCUUCCGGGAUCUCCUGCACAUUGGCACACAAGCACGGCCGGGGCUGUUUGAUCUGGAAGUGUCAAUGCCAGAGGUGCUGUAUGAGGAGGUGAUCGAGGUGGAUGAGCGCGUCGUGCUAAAACAAGAUGGCUGCAAACUGCCCAGGAAGGAGUCCAAACGCACUGUCACCGGCAGCACAGGGGACAGUCUGGAGGUGUGGAGGGAGCUGGACCUGCAGCAGGUUGAGAGAGACCUGAGGGGAGUCUUAUCACGCGGCAUCACCAGCCUGGCUGUGCUGCUCCUGCACUCCUAUACGUGGUCUGCCCAUGAGAAGGCGGUGGGCUCCUUGGCACGGAAGCUUGGCUUCAGCCAGGUGUCGCUGUCCAGCGAGGUGAUGCCCAUGAUCCGAGCGGUGCCCAGAGGGUACACGGUGUGUGCCGACGCCUACCUCACGCCCAAAAUCCGUCAGUACCUGCGCGGCUUCACCUCUGGGUUUAGAGGGGGGCUGAAGGAUGUGGAUGUGUUGUUCAUGCAGUCUGACGGUGGCCUGACCCCCAUGGAGCAGUUCUGUGGCUCGCGGGCCGUGCUGUCGGGGCCGGCAGGGGGGGUGGUGGGAUACGCCGUCACCUCCUACAGCGGCACCGAGAACAAGCCUGUCAUCGGCUUCGACAUGGGAGGCACGUCCACGGAUGUGAGUCGCUAUGCGGGCCAGUAUGAGCACGUGUUUGAGGCCACCACCGCGGGCGUCACCCUGCAGGCCCCUCAGCUGGACAUCAACACCGUGGCCGCCGGAGGAGGCUCGCGCCUCUUCUUCAGGUCUGGUAUGUUUGUAGUCGGACCAGAGUCUGCUGGUGCCCAUCCUGGACCGUCAUGCUACAGAAAAGGUGGCCCCCUCACCGUAACUGAUGCCAACCUGGCGCUGGGCCGGCUCCUGCCCGCCUUCUUCCCGCGCAUCUUCGGCCCGGGCGAGAACGAGCCCCUGUCCAGCGAGGAGACCAUGCGCCACUUCCGGCAGAUGACCAAGGAGAUCAACCACUUCCUGUCCCAGAGUAGUGCCAAUGGCCUGGGGCUGCAGGCCCACAGUGGUGCUAGUGGUGGCAGUGGUGGUGGUGGCAAGAAGCAGAUGAGCGUAGAGGAGGUUGCCAUGGGUUUCAUCCGGGUGGCUAACGAGGCCAUGUGUCGGCCAAUCAGAGCGCUGACGCAGGCGAAGGGCCAUGACACAUCCAAGCAUGUGUUGGCGUGCUUUGGGGGGGCAGGUGGCCAGCACGCCUGUGCCAUUGCACGAGCCUUGGGCAUGAAGACUGUCUUCAUCCACAAGUACAGCGGUGUCCUCUCUGCGUACGGCCUGGCGCUGGCAGACGUGGUGGAGGAGGUGCAGGAGCCGUGCUCCCUGACGUACGAGAGCCGCUCCUUCGCCGAGCUAGACCGCCGCGUCGACCUGCUCUCCCAUCGCUGCCAGGAGACGCUCAGAGGACGAGGAUUCCAAAGUGCUCAGAUCAAGACUGAGGUCUUCCUCCACCUGCGCUAUGAGGGAACAGACUGUGCUCUCAUGGUAACCUCCACCGGUUACCCGGGCAAUUCUCAGUCCUGCCGCGCUGGAGACUUCCGCUCAGCAUUCACUAAAAGAUAUCUGAAAGAGUUUGGCUUCACCAUUCCUGACCGGCCCAUCAUGGUGGACGAUAUCCGCAUCAGAGGGUCUGGGAUGUCGGGCAUCAAGUCAGUGACGCACACCAAAUCAGGCUGUGCAGCAGCCAAACCCGCCACGGUCACCAAGUGUUACUUUGAGGACCGUUCCCUGGAUACCAAUGUGUACCUGUGGGAGGAGCUGUCAUGUGAGCACAGCAUCAUGGGUCCGGCCAUCAUCAUUGAUAAGAACAGCACCAUCCUGGUGGAGCCCGGCUGCACCGCCCAGCUGACGGAGAAGGGAGACGUGCGCAUCAACGUGGGCAGUGACUCCCAGUGCAUCAUGGGAACAGAACUCAACGCCAUCCAGCUCUCCAUCUUCUCUCAUCGCUUCAUGAGCAUCGCAGAGCAAAUGGGGCGUGUGCUGCAGAGGACGUCCAUUUCCACCAACAUAAAGGAGCGUCUGGACUUCUCCUGUGCCGUGUUUGGCCCCGACGGAGGACUGGUGUCCAACGCCCCUCACAUCCCUGUGCACCUGGGGGCCAUGCAGGAGACCGUGCAGUACCAGAUUAAAGCGCUGGGCAGCAGUUUGAAGGAAGGCGAUGUGAUUCUCAGUAAUCAUCCGUGUGCUGGAGGAAGCCAUCUACCAGACCUGACGGUCAUCACACCAGUGUUCUGGCAGGGUGUGAGUGGGCCAGUGUUCUUUGUGGCCAGCAGGGGGCACCAUGCUGACAUCGGGGGUAUCACCCCUGGCUCCAUGCCACCCCACUCCAAGUCCCUGCAGGAGGAGGGCGCCGUCUUCACCUCCUUCAAGCUGGUCACCGGGGGCAUUUUCCAGGAGCAAGCUGUCACAGAGGCCCUGAUGGCCCCAGCCCAGUACCCAGAAUGCUCCGGAACUCGUAAUCUCCAUGACAACCUGUCAGACCUGCGAGCACAGGUGGCAGCCAAUCAGAGAGGGAGUCUGCUGGUGAGCGAGUUGAUCGACAGCUACGGCCUGCCCGUGGUUCAGGCCUACAUGGGCUACAUUCAGAGCAAUGCAGAGUUGGCUGUGAGGGACAUGCUGAGAGAGUUUGCCCAACGCCGCCGACAGCAGACCGGUUCUCUGGAGGUGGAGUCUGAGGAUCACAUGGACGAUGGAACGCCAAUCAGACUACGAGUGAAGAUCAAUGAACAGGAGGGCAGUGCAGUGUUUGAUUUCUCUGGGACGGGGCCAGAAGUGUGGGGCAACUGCAACGCUCCCCGCGCCAUCACCCUUUCUGCUCUUAUAUACUGCCUACGCUGCAUGGUGGGACAGGACAUCCCACUCAACCAGGGAUGCCUCGCUCCAAUCAAAGUUAUCAUUCCCCCCGGCUCCAUCCUCCAGCCGUCCCAGAAUGCAGCGGUGGUGGGGGGCAACGUGCUGACGUCACAGAGGGUCGUGGACGUCAUCUUUAGAGCGUUUGAAGUCUGUGCAGCCUCUCAGGGCUGCAUGAACAACAUAUCCUUUGGGAGUGAGAGGAGUGGCUACUACGAGACGGUGGCCGGGGGUGCGGGAGCAGGGCCAGGCUGGGACGGACGCAGUGGCGUACACAGUCACAUGACCAACACGCGCAUCACUGACCCAGAAAUCCUGGAGAAACGGUACCCGGUGAUCCUGGAGCAGUUCUCCCUGAGAGCAGGGUCAGGAGGGGCCGGCCGCUACAAGGGAGGAGACGGGGUCGUCAGGAAACUCCUCUUCAGGGAGAAGGUGGUGCUGUCUGUCCUCACCGAGCGGAGAUCCACACGGCCCUAUGGACUUCAUGGGGGGGAGAGUGGAGAAGCUGGCCUGAACCUCCUCCACAGGGCCGACGGGAGGGUGCUUAACCUGGGGGCCAAGACCACCGUCAGCCUCCAGCCCGGGGACAUGUUCAGCCUCCACACUCCAGGCGGAGGAGGCUAUGAGAAGGAGGAGGACGACGACGGGAACGGCACUCUGCCCCCCAAACGCAGACGACUCAAGGAGACCUUCGCUGAGCGAGGCAGCGUGUUUGAGUACCGCCGUGCACAAGAGAGUGUCUAAGCAUGAAUGAUGUGGAGGGGGAAAAAAAACAGGAAAGAGGUAGAUGAGGAAAAAGGGGAAAGUGGUAUGGGAUCCUUUAGAGAAAAAGGGAUGGCCACGACAAAAAUGGAAGCAUUUACUGUACGUUUCUGCAAAAGUAUGUCUUAAGGUGGUAAGGUAUAGGUGGUUUCUAGGCAUACAACACAUAGAGAGCGUGAGCAUUUUUGUGUUUUGUUUGUGGACAUGCAGUGUAUGAAGAAAGACAAUCCAAUGACCCAUCUAAAACAAAACAAAAAGAAAACCAUUUGUUUUCGUGAAAGUCCAUUGCAACCUUUGUAAUAAUGAACUGUGAACAUUUGCGACUCUAAGCCUUUUUUAACAGAACCUCAUGUGUUGUCUUAGAUGUCACAGGUGUACUUAACUUUACAGGCAAGGCACACAAGAGUAUCCCAUAGUGGGGGCGACCAUUUUAAAAUAUUAGCCUUCAGUCAGUUACCUCAGCAUAGCGUUAGCCACAGAAGUGUUUUAGGACAAUCAAGACUGUGGUCUGUCUCGCCACUGAAAGUACUGUGUGGAAGCUCUCUAUGCAAUUAGGUUUGUGUGUGUUUUUCCCCCUGUAAUGUCCUGCCACUGCAUACUGUACAUGAAUAUGGUGACGUGUUUUUGGUGUGACCAACAGAAAACGAGCCAGUGUUUCACUCCUUUCAGAUGAACUUCUUACUGUUUUUACUUCAUUUGGCAACAGGCAAAAUAUAUAUUUUCAAAUAAACAUAACUGAUAUCAACA